AUGAGUGAGAAGACGGAGAUUGGCGAAGGCAGUGACAAGGCCGAAGUGCCACCAACUGCAGUCUCCUUUUUCGACCCCUCGCUGAAGUCCGUUCGACGUCAAGUGUUUAUCCAAUGGGGCCGUACAGUUCUCACGCUUUGCGUCUUCAUCCUCUGUAUCCUUUCUCUAUACUGGGCCGUUCAGUUUCGUGUUGAAGAGAAUCUCCAUUCGCUAACAGUCUGGGUUGUCGACUUUGAUGGCAUGGCCGAUCCGUAUCGUGAUACGCAACCGAUUGUGGGACCUGCAGUGACGGAGGUGGCAGAGAAGCUAAUCCAAACCUCUGAAACCGGCCGAUUGGGAUAUACCAUAAAAUCUCCAGAUGAGUUUAGCUAUGAUCCUUGGGCCGUGCGACAGGGUGUAUAUGAUGAGCAUGCAUAUGCUGCCAUCAUCGUCAACGCGAAUGCAACUACUCUUCUCCACGAUGCUGUCAGGAACGGAAAUUCCUCGUACGAUCCUACCGGGGCCGCGCAAUUCGUUGUUAUUACCGCUCGUGACGAAACGACGUAUUCCAGUUAUAUCACACCGGGAUUGACAGCCUUUGCGAACACAGUCUUGGCGGAAUUCGGACCACGCUGGGUACAAACCGUUGCGCAAGAAUCGCUGAACAUUUCGAAUGUGCCCCAAGCAAUAAACCCGGCCAUUGGAUUCAACACUCUGGAUCUUAGGCCGUUCGGUCCGGCCGCUGCGACACCGUCUGUGACGAUCGGUUUGAUCUACCUUAUUAUCAUCGCCUUCUUCAAUUCGCCAUUCUUGAUGCCAAUUCACGCGCAAUUCCUCAAAGGCAAUCAUCCUCCCCUGAAGAUUCCGCAGUGGCUGCUUUGGCGUGUAUGUUCCAACAUCACAGCGUACUUCUUCCUAUCCCUGUUUUACUCUUUUGUGUCGUUGGCCUUCCAGAUCCCGUUCAGCAACUCCCCGGCACCAGAUACCGUUUCUGCUAGCAACCCGAAUGCCUAUGGACAUGGAUCCUUUGUGGUGUUCUGGAUGUUGAACUGGGUAGGGAUGAGUGCUCUCGGUUUUCCUCUGGAGAAUAUGGCCAUGGUCUUAGGAUUCCCGUGGAGCUCGCUGUUCCUUAUUUUCUGGGUCAUCAGUAACGUUGCCACCGGAUUCUAUGCGUUGGACUUAGCUCCGGGAUUCUUCCGAUGGGGUUACGCAUGGCCGCUGCAUCGGAUUGUCGAGGCGCUACGUACCAUCCUCUUCGGGACACAUUCUCGCAUCGGCCUGGAUUUCGGUGUCCUUUUUGCCUGGAUCGGCGUAUCUAUUUUGUUCUUCCCGUUUGCCUCUUUCAUCAUGAGAUGGAAGAUGAAGCGGGGUCUCUAA